GCCUCCAAGUCGAUCUUAUUCGAGCUGUUGGUAAAACCUGCCUGUUGAUCAGUUACACGACCAAUGCAUUCCCUGGAGAGUACAUCCCCACCGUCUUUGACAACUAUUCUGCCAAUGUUAUGGUAGAUGGAAAGCCAGUGAAUCUGGGCUUAUGGGAUACAGCUGGACAAGAAGAUUAUGACAGAUUGCGUCCCCUCUCCUAUCCGCAAACAGAUGUGUUCUUAAUCUGCUUUUCCCUUGUGAGUCCUGCAUCAUUUGAAAAUGUCCGUGCAAAGUGGUAUCCUGAAGUGCGACACCACUGUCCCAACACUCCCAUCAUCCUAGUGGGGACGAAGCUUGAUCUUAGGGAUGAUAAGGACACAAUUGAGAAGCUGAAGGAGAAGAAGCUGACUCCCAUCACCUACCCGCAGGGGCUAGCCAUGGCGAAGGAGAUCGGUGCUGUCAAAUACCUGGAGUGCUCAGCACUCACACAGCGGGGCCUCAAGACAGUGUUUGAUGAAGCUAUCCGAGCGGUUCUCUGUCCACCUCCUGUCAAGAAGAGGAAGAGAAAAUGCCUGUUGUUGUAAAUGUCUGAGCCCCUCAUUCUUGGUCCUGUCCCUGGAACCUUUGUACGCUUUGCUCAAAAAACGGUGGAGCCUUCGCAUUUGAUGCCAAGUUUUUGUUACAGAUUAAUUUUUCCAUAAAACCAUUUUGAACCAAUGAACCAGUCAAUAAUUUUAAGGUUCUGUUUUAAAUGUAAGAAUUCCAACUUACGGUCUAUUAAAAUUCAGCCCUAAAUGACAAGCCUUCUUAAAGCCUUAUUUUUCAAAUCCCCUAUUCUUGCUCAGAAUAAGAAUUGCCAAAAUACCUUCUGAACUAAGUCGCGUUGUGCUGAGAACACUUAAGCACUAAACUGUUGAGAGAGACUUUUGUUUUUAAGAAGACUGCAGCUUCUGGAGUCGGGGUGCAGACCCUCCCCUAGUUUCCAGACCAUGUGAUGCACGCAGCACAGCCUCCUUAACGACACGUUGCCAUGUAACUUAUCAGCCCAUGUUCAUUACAUAACUUUGUACUGUACGUCACAAGGAGUGAGUGUAACAGCUCAGCCCUUUGAUUUCAUAGUGACUUUUCUAAAAUCCCAGUUGACUAGCUUUUGCAGACUUUGAACAGAUCUGGUUCCCGUGUUGCCUCGAAUGAAGUAUUCUGUUCCUAGUCGUGGGUAUGCUGGGUGGAGUGUGUGAAGCACGACAUGGUCAAAGGAUAAAGACAGUAUUUUGACUAAUAUGAAGUAGAGAUUACACUACAUUGUACAUGGAGUAAUUCAACUGAAUAAAAGUGUCACGGGUAAAGAUUUCUAACGGUUAGUUUCUGUCAGACACAGUAGAUGACAAAUGGCCGGUCUCAUCAGUGUCUCUCUUGAGCUGUUCCUGUCCCCACACUGCCGUCCCUCCUCAGAUCCCAGGGUGUUGACUCCCUAUUUAAACUGGCCAUCCCCACAGUUGCUGACUUAGCAAGUGCUUUUCUUUAGGACCCUUCUGAACGAGCAAUAUGUCUGACCUGUACUAUAAGAUCUUCCUGAUAAUGCAUUUGAGGUUUUUCUUUUUUCUUUUUCUUUUUCUUUUGGUAGAUUAGUAGAAGUGCAUUCCUGUUUUCACCUUACUUUACUCAAUGCUAAUAAGUGCUUUCCUUAGUUUUCUAGUAACUAGGUGUAAAAAUCAUGUGUUGCAGCUUUACAGUUUUUAAACUAUUUUAGAUAUUCUUCUUAAACUAUGAACCUUCUAAACAUCACUGUCUUGCCAGAGUACCAACACUGUCAUGUGACUAAUGCUGCCCCUCUAGACCUCACCCACGUGGACACAUGCUUCCCGUCGUGGCUCCGCCUAGAGAUGUUCCUUUGGGUCUGUGAGGUUCUGUCAACUGCUAGUGCUAAUGCUGUUCUGUACAACCUAACUCCCUGGCAAGAACACAGUGUUGGGCCUUCCAACCACUAGAACAAACUUUUUUCAAUUGACAGUUGCAGAAUUGUGGAGUGUUUUUACAUUGAUCUUUUGCUAAUGCAGUUAGCAGUAUGUUUUGCAUGUAUGACUUAAUAAAACCUUGAAUCAUA